GCGGGUCCGAGGGCGCCGCGCCCUUGCCCUGGGCCCGGGCUGUGCCCGCCCGCAGCCCGGCCCGCGUCCCCGCGCUGCGCCGCCCGGCCGGGUGCAUGCAUUGUGGGCCUCCCGACAUGGUCUGCGAGACGAAGAUCGUGGCCGCCGAGGACCAUGAGGCGCUGCCGGGGGCCAAGAAGGACGCGCUGCUCGCCGCCGCCGGCGCCAUGUGGCCCCCGCUGCCAGCCGCGCCCGGGCCGGCCGCCGCGCCCCCCGCGCCCCCGCCCGUGCCGGGUCCCCAGCCCCGCGGCAGCGCGGGGGGCGCGGGCCCGCCGGGGGGGCGCGGCGUGUACAUCCGCGAGUUCCGCGCGGCCGAGCAGGAGGCGGCGCGCCGCAUCUUCUACGACGGCAUCAUGGAGCGCAUCCCCAACACGGCCUUCCGAGGCCUGCGGCAGCACCCGCGCACGCAGCUGCUCUACGCCCUGCUGGCCGUGCUCUGUUUUGCCCUGACCCGCUCGCUGCUGCUGACGUGCCUGGUGCCGGCAGGGCUGCUGGGCCUGCGCUAUUACUACAGCCGGAAGGUGGUCCUGGCCUACCUGGACUGCGCUCUGCACACGGACAUGGCUGACAUCGAGCAGUACUACAUGAAGCCGCCGGGCUCCUGCUUCUGGGUGGCCGUGCUGGAUGGCAACGUGGUGGGCAUCGUGGCGGCGCGGGCCCACGAGGCAGACAACACAGUGGAGCUGCUGCGCAUGUCCGUGGACUCGCGUUUCCGUGGCAAGGGCAUCGCCAAGGCACUGGGCCGCAAGGUGCUGGAGUUCGCUCUGGUGCACAACUACUCCGCGGUGGUGUUGGGCACGACGGCCGUCAAGGUGGCCGCACACAAGCUCUACGAGUCGCUGGGCUUCAGACACAUGGGCUCAAGUGACCACUACGUGCUGCCUGGCAUGACCCUGUCGUUGGCUGAGCGCCUCUUCUUCCAGGUCCGCUACCACCGCUACCGCCUGCAGCUGCGCGAGGAGUGACCACUGCCCACCUGCCUGCCCACCUGCCGCCCUGGCCGCCCCAUCCGCCUGUGCCCGCCUGCCCACCGCCCAGACCCGCUUUCAGACGCUCACCUUGGCGUUUGUGUUGGGUUUUUCCUUUUCAACAUCACGCGGUUCUCUGGCUGGUUCUCCAGGGGGUGUGGGGCUGUUGCUCAUCUGUGACACUUUGGGGGCUAGAUUGUUUGCAGCCACGGCCCCUCGCCCUCCCCAGCCUGCUGGGGCUGCGUCCUGAAGAGUGACAGCAUGGACCACCACGUGCCCACUCAGCUGCUCAGCCUGCUCGAGGGGCCUCUUCCAGCCCAACGCUGUCGGGGCAGGCCUAGCCUGGCCCACCAAGCACAGAACCUCUGCACCACGGCCCCUGCCCAGCAGACCCCUGGCCGCCAGCCAGGCAAUGGCUCAGCUGUCAGUCCCCAGGAGGUGUGGCCUGCUGGGCUGGCCAGCUACUGCCCCAUGGGGCACCGAGCUGGCCAUGGGCCCCGCUUUGCUCCGUGCAUGCUGAGGACAUGGCCUGGCUGCAGCAUGCCGCAUGCCCACAGCCUCCUGCCCUGCUGCCCGCUCAGACUGGGCCUAGACUGGUGAGCACCCCCUGCCCAGCCUUGGAGCUAGCCUGAGCUAGAGCUAGCCCUGGCAGCCCACCUGCUCUCUGGAGGGCUUGCCUGUCUCUCACCAUCCCUUCCUCCGCCCGGCCCAGCUUUGCUUUGACAUUGAGUCAUGUUUCUUUCCUUUUGGUCUCUGUCCCUCCUCUGCCCCGGCUUUGCUGAUUGGCAUCAUCACCCAGGUGUGGUUCCCAUAGCAACCUGUUGCACAGCCUGGUCAGGGUCCUACAGGAGAGCAGAGGGGAGACAGUCAUGCAGUCGCCUGUCCCCAGUGCCAGCUAGAUGAUGGUGGCCUCUCCCAGACCUCCCCGAGGACCACUCUGCCUAGCGGCUGAUGGGCUCUGCCCUGUGAAUCGUACUAAGCCAGGCCGCUGCCAACACCACUGAGCCCACAGCUUCUCCCAGCCUGAAACCGACCUAUUUUUUUAAUAAGUUAUUUAGACAGAAUAGCACUCUGCAUGACUUUAAUUCUUGGGACAAAAUGGUAGUUUAUACCUUAACAUACACACACAUACACACAUACCUGUGUGGUCUAGAAUAUGCACUAUUUCUGGCCCAGUUUGGUGGGGGCGGGUGGCUGGGUGGGUGGAAGGUUUCAGAUUUUGAGAUCUAGAGGGAGACCCUGAUUUAGCAUUCUUUCCCCCAAAAGAGCAUUCCUGGGUUGUGAGGAGGCUCUGGGGAGCCCUUGUCCAGCCUUGACUUGUGCGACUGAGGCCAGGGGUGGCAGCAGAUUCCCUGCUGCCUUUGGGAGGGAUGAGUGCUGUCUACUUUGGCUUGGGGGUAGGGGUGGCCUGGCUGUGCCCCCAGCCUCUCCUUCCUGAGGUGGGAGGCAGCUGGCAGAAGUAGGGUGGCCUGGACAGUGGGGGGACAGGAGGGUUGGCAGUGCCCACAGGUCCAGCUUGGAGUCCUGGGCCCAGCUACAGUGGUAGGAAGGCCGUAAUGCCCACAGAGGCCCCUCUGUUUUGGGAGCUGGGAGGGAGGAGGCAUGGUGGGCCAUGGGUCUGGGUCCCACAUAUGGGAUGCGGAAGGGAUGUUCUUGAAAAGGCACUUGGGAAACGAGCAGAUGAGUGAAAUAAGCCCAGUUUGCCGAGGGGCCUUUUGUGCUGUCAGCAGUUGGGAUAUUUGCAGAACAUUGUAUAGCCCCCACUCUCCCCUGUACAUUUCUCCCUGGUGGCGUCCCGUCCCUGCUUGGGGACAGGAGUUUUGUAGACUGUACAGAAAUCGGCACCCUAUUUUCUUGCAGCUCUCAGAUUUUGUUAAUCUGGAUUAUACAGACAGACGUAAAGUGUUUUAGCAAAAUGGAAAACAAACAGUUGUGCCUUUUUCCUCUUUUUGUUUGGUUUGGUUUCGGCUUGGGGCGGCCUUAGUCGGUGUGGGGACUGCGGGGGCUGUGGCUGGCCUGAGGCCUGGCUGGGCAGGAGGGGCAGGUAGGGGCUGCGCGGGGUCAGCACAGUGGGCUGUGUCCUGUCAGUGGUAGCUUGGGGACACCACCGGCUUCUGUUGAUCCUGUGCCUUUGGAGCCCCUGGUCCCUGGUGUGGGGAAACAUGGGUGGGGGCCGUUGGAGCCCACUGGGGGUGUGGCAGAGCCUGGGGCUCCGGAGCGGCCAGUGUCUGCUGGACAUGGACCAAAGCAUGUCACCAGGGCUGCUCCCCGAGAUGUAUGGCCCUCUCCUGUCCUGCUGGGGUCCAUGUAGGGUAUGGGCUUGGUGGGCUGCAGCGUCUCCCCCAGUUGGAUGGCUGGACUAGUGACAGAGGGUAGUGACACUGGCUGGAUUCUGCACCUUUCUUUACUGCCCUUUUGUUGCUGCCAAGACUUAGGAGAGAGGUCAGGAGGGGUGUGCCAGGGUGGCUAUGUGUCUGGAGCCCUGCUGCCCCACCACUGAAGUGGCCAGGGACUCUUGUGUGCUCACCAGCUGGGUGUACCCUGUAUGUGGGACAGGGCCCUUGCCUGGCUGGUGUGCAGCUAUACGGGCCCCUGAGGAUCACAGGGGAGCAGAUCUCCCAUCCUUCCCUGGGCCAGAGGCUGGCACACUAGUGGGAGAUGCCCAUCCCUGGCUGGGCAUGUCCCUCUAGCCUGGGAGCUAACUCCUCCACAAACGUGCACUGACAUGUGAAUUUUAUACAUUUGUAGAAAUUCUGACGUUACUACUUCUACCUCUGUGAAGCACCCCUGGGGUUCUGCUCAGUGAUGUGUCUGGGCAGCUCCCUGCAUUGUCAGGCCCUGGGACCCGACCCCUCUCUGCUGGCCUCCUGGGCUACCCCUGGUGGCUGCGGCCAAGGCCCAGGGAAAGCCAGCCCCCAGGCAUGCUCAGGAGAUAGGGCUCCCAGGACUUUUGGAAGCCUCUAGUUUUGGCCUGGAAAUCAGGAGAUGGAGUGUUCCGGAGCGUCUUCAUUAGAUGAGCCUGGAAUGCAAACCCAAUGGGCAGCUCCUGGCAGUGGGACACAGGGCAGCUGAGGGUUCUAGCACCUCCGGAUGGUUCAGUGCCACCAGAGUCCUAGCAUGUGGCUGGUGGGUUGUCCCUGAGACAGCUUCCAAUGCCCAGGUAUGGGGUCUGCAGAGAGCUGGUCCCUGAGGGUGGUGGUCAGAGCGAGUCGUCUGCGUGUACAGAGCCAUAUGGAGGCCCAUGGUGACUGCUCACCUUUCACCUGGACCCAUGUCUAGCCUGGCCUCCUGUUGCUGCCCUUGGGUGGAUGGGGCAGAAAGAUGGGGCCAGCCUGCCUCCAGGAAGUGGAGGGUUGGCCCUGGGAGAAGGCUUGAGUUAGGAGUCCCUACAAGUGGGCUGAGGCCACGAGGUCCCUGGGCAGCUCUCAUCCUUCCCUGAGCAUCCUUCCUCUGAGAAGGCCCUAAGAGGGUCCAGGCUGGGUGAUGCUCCUCAGAGGGCUUCCUUGGGAGUCUUAAGUGCUUGGGAGGCUCUUUGGGCCCCAAGGAGUCAUGCUGGCAGGUGAAUGCUGGCCCCUGCCUGCCCCUGCCUGCCCUGGCGGUGGCUGGCAUAUGUGGCCUUGAGCCUUGGCCCUUGCUGAGCCGGGGCCAGGGCCGAGCAGCAUCCUAGGGAGCUACCCUCCUGUCAGUGUCCAGGGACUGGCUGGACGGUGGCCUCUGAGCCUGAGGGGAGGCCCACCACCCCUCCCCAGCCAGGUGGGUGGCACUGAUCUGUGUAUGAAGCUGCUUCUGUGAGUCUGUCUUGGCCUCGGCCUGCACUCCCAUGCUGGUGGUCCUGCAGCUGAGGCUUUUGGGGCUUGUGUUCUGGGCUGGCUGCGGGGCAGAUCCUGGAAUGCUUGCUCUCUGGUGCCGAUGAUGUGUGUCCAACGGUGGUGUGAGUGGGGCAGCCCAGGGCCUGGGGAGGAGGAGGAGGAGCCCCAACCUGCCAUUGUUGGAUGCAUUUUUCUUUUAACAGCAAUAAUUAGCCAUUUUGAGGAAGGGGUGUGUUUGUGUGUGUGCCUGCCUAUGUGUGUGCACACACGUGUAUGUAUGUGUGUCUGUGUGUACACUGCCUAUGCACAUGUGUACACACACACAUGCAUGAGCACACACACACCUGUGCCUGUGUGCACACACAUGCAAGUGCGUGGUGACGGGGGAACCUGGUGGCCGAAGACCUCCUGCUCCAGCCCGGAGAGGCCGGCCCUAAGCCCCAUGCCAAGAUGCAGGGUCCUUGUGGGCGGCCUCAUCCCAGGCCUGCCCCCGGCCCCAGCAGACCUCGAACAUAAGGCCACCUCCUCUGUCUGGGGGACGGGGCUGUGAGACCCAGGGAGCCUCCGCCUGGGUCUCUGGGUGUGUAGGAGGACGGCAGGGGUGGAUGCUCAGAGGCAGAGUCUCCUUGCUUAGGCUGUUUGACCACGGCUGCUGUGGAUGCUGUCUCCGGGCGAGCAGAGCCCAGAUUGGUGGCCGGUGUCACUUCUGUGGCUCACUGUUUAUGAACCCACAACCAUGGCAAUGGUCCUGAGACCCUAGGAUGUGCCGAAACAGCCCUGGAAAGGGCCCUGCAGGGGCGAGGGAAAUGGGCUACAGGGCCAGGGGUUGGGUGGGGUCCCAGGCAUCCUGUGGGGUGUGAGCAGCGGGAGG